UUUGGCGGGAGCUUCGGGAGCUGCGUCGGCGCAGUGAGCGGUGGGCUGAGAUGGCCCCGCCGCGGCGAGUGCGGCGCUCGGGUCCGAGAUAUUCAAAGAACACUGUAGGAAGAACACAGUCCACGAAAGAUGAAGCUGGCCAAAAGCACAAGCCUACCGAUAUAUUUGAUUUUCCUGAUAAUUCUGGGAUCUCAAGCAUCGGCAGGCUGGGUGAAAAUGAGAAAGAUGAAGAACCCUAUGAAACCUUUGACCCUCCUUUACACAGCACUGCUAUAUAUGCUGACGAGGAAGAAUUCUCCAAGCACUGCGGGUCAUCUCUCCCCUCAACUCCUCAAGGAAAAGAAGCAAAAAGAAGUUCGGACACUUCUGACGUUGAAGCAAGUGAAAAUGAGUCUGUAAAAAUUAGUGCAAAAAAGCCAGGAAGAAAACUCAAGCCCAUUAGUGAUGAAUCUGAAAGCACUGAAGAAAGUGAUGUAAGAAGAAAAGUUAAACCAGCAGACAACAUAAGUACACAACGUGAAGCUGUUUCAGCUACAGCAUCUUCAGAACUUUCAGAGAAACCAGCUGAAUCAGUCAUGCUUAAAAAGGUGGGACCCCUUGGUGCCAAGCCCUCUGUUGAAAAAGAGACCCUGGAAACAGAAAGUCAACUGAAAACUCAGAAAAAGAAGAUGUUUCGUGGCAAAAGGAAGAAACCAAGAAGUGAAGCCACAGACUUGGAUACUUCCGACUGUUUACCUAUUUGGUGUUUAAAAGAAAAGAAAACCAGUGACAUCAUGGAGUUAGAUGUCAUUUUGUCUGCAUUUGAGAACAUCCUCCUAGAGUAUAAACAAAAAACAGACUCUAAAAUUUGUAAGGAAGCAAUCAACAAAUUUCAUUCUAAUUUGAAAGAAGAACUCAUCAACAUGCUGAAAGAAGUCCAGGUGUUGAAAACUCUGAAAAGGAAGAACACUAAGAUGAUCUCAGAUAUCGAAAAGAAAAGGCAACGUUUGAUUGAAGUCCAGGAUGAACUGCUUCGGUUAGAACCAGAGCUGAAACAACUACAAAUAAAGUAUGAUGAACUUAAGGAGAGAAAAGCUUCCCUUAGGAAUGCAGCAUAUUUCUUGUCUAAUUUAAAACAGCUUCAUCAAGAUUAUUCAGAUAUUCAAGAGAAAGAACCAAAUGUAAAGGAAACGUAUGAUUCAUCCAGCCUUCCAGCUCUGCUAUUCAAAGCAAGACCCCUUUUGGGAGCUGAAAACCAUCUUCAAAAUAUCAACUAUCAAUUAGAGAAGCUCCUUGACCAGAAAUGAGACCAGUCUACUAAAGUGUGCACAUAUAAAGAUUAGUCUCAUGCUACUGCCUGUUGCCUUCUGAAACUGUAUGUAUUUUUCCACAAAGGAGAUGGGGGAAAAAAACCCCAAACUUUAUUACUCUUAAUUUGAAUUGAUUAUUUCUUUUAAUUGUUAUAGCAACAUUCUCAGGUACAUUUAAAAAAAGUAAACUUGUCUAAUUGUUCAGGCUGGUUGUAUGGUCUUGUCACCAGAAUUUAAUCUUACUUUGUCAUUAAAAUUAAAUGGCUAGGUAUAGUAGUUUUAGAGGCCAUAGUUAAUUUUUCUGCUUAAUGUCAAGUAAUGAGUUUCAAAAUGUUUUAAAAUGUUGACACCUAAUCAGCCCUAGACGUACAAAAGUUUUACCGUAAAAAUAAACAUGCAAAAUUAAGCCGAUAUGAACAAAGACUAAUAACUUUGGUUAAUCAAAUAAGGAGACUUACACUGAAUUUAAGCACACUGGAGCUAAUUUUCAAUAAAAGUGGUUUACUUCAAUAAAUAAGAUUUGGAAGCAAAGUAAUAAAACUUAGCUGAUGCAACAGGCUUUAUAAGUUACUACAGUUUGUUAUUAAAUCUGUUUUCAAGCAAAUUACAGCCUACUUAUGUAAGUGUCCAUAAUUAGCUAUUCUUGUAAUACUUCUAUAAUUAGUUCAUCAGGAAUUUCAUCAAUUCCAUUAUAACCCAGAAGACUGUUCUCUGCAGCUUCUGCCAAUUCAGCAUCUUCUGUAGCCUCCAAAAUAUACGCAUCAUCAAUGCCAUUAUCCCAGUCAGCAUCAGAAAAUGUACCUUUUGACGAUGCACUAGAUGAUGGUUCACGAGGAUUCUUGGUUUCACUGUUCCUUGUUUUAUCUGCUGUAAACUCCUCUUCCUUUAGUUCCAAAGGGGAGGGAGAGUAGAGUAGGAAGAAAAUACUGCUUAUUCAGACAGAAUGUAUGAUAAUUUCACCAUAUAGUCGAUCUCUACUGAAUUAAAGUAUUCAGUUCAACAGAUAUUAAAAUGAAAACACUGGAUGAUAUUCUCUCCAGUACAGUCACCAUGGGAAUGGGCUCACUGCUGCUGCCUUUGUGGCACACUCUUGAAACUCCAAAUUUAGAAAUGCCUGCAGUUCCUGUGGUACAUUCUUUUCAAUGUACACACAUGGGGCUACAGCAAAGGUAAGACUGAUUUUUUUAAAAAGUGGAUAGUCUAGCUGAAGGCAAACUGGUUUUUAAAAUGUAUCUGCUAUCUUAACAUAUUUCUCUAUCUUUAAAGUAUUUUAAAAAUUAACAUGGAUUGAAAAAAGUUAUGAAGAACAGUUUUGAGACAUCUGUCAAAGUAUGAGCGUGGAUUUGUAUAUUAAAUAAUAUCGUAUCAACAUGAAAUUUCCUGAAUUUAAUAAUUUCACUAUAGGUAAGAAUGUUCUUCAUCUCUUAAGUAUGUAGCUGGAGAAUAAGAAGGAUUUUGAUGUCUGCAACUUAUUCUGAAGAGAUUUGUUACGAACUGAAUGUUUAUGUACCCCCAUCCCCAAAUUCAUUAGGAUGAAAUCCUAACCCUCAAUGUGAUGGUAUUAGGAGGGUGAGGUCUUUGGCAGGUGAUUAGAUCAUGAGGGCAGAACCCUCAUGCAUGGGAUUAGUGCCCCCUUAUAAAAGACCACAGAGUGCUCUGUGAUCCCUUCUACCAGGGAAGGACACAGUGAGAAGACAGCUCUCAAUGACCCAGGAAGCUGACUUGAGUCGGCCAGCACCUUGAUCUUGGACUGUCCAGCCUCCAGAACUGAGAAAUUUGUUGUUUAAGUCACUCAGUCUAAGUAAGGUAUUCUGUUAUAGCAGCCUGAAAUGCCUAGACAAGAUUCAUCAAAAACGAUGAUGUGUAAUGUGUACAGUAGAGGGAGAAAACAAGUGUGGCCAAAUGUUUAACAAAUCUAGAGGAAGGGCGUACAGGAGGGUUCCUUGUUCUGCUGCAACAUUUUUGUAGGUUGAAACUUCUUUUAAAACCAGAUGAAGUAGAAAUGACAAAAUAUUAACUGUUAAAACUAAGUGAUAGGUUUAUUAUACUGUUCUUAUUUUAAAUAAAAAGACAAAUCCAAGCAGUGGUAAUACUGUACACCAAAAGUACUUUCAACUUGGCAUUUCUGAGGUAUUACUGGAUAGGCAGGAAAAAAAAAUCAGUUUUAGAAACCCACUGAAACCAUAAACAUGCAUCAAAAUAACACUCCAAAUGAACAAGGAUAAAAUAUUAUUCUUAGAGGCACAAUUUAAAAAAUCUCUUUUCUUGGUUAUCUCUUAACCUAGCAGUUCACCAGAGAAUCUGGCUAUCAGCUAUUUUAUAUCCAGCUCCUACAGAUCAAGAAUGAGAUUUCUACGAUUUCAGUAUGAAUUUUUUCAGGAGACUUUUUAAAAUCAAAUUUAAUAGGUACCAGUCAAUUACCUAGAUUGUAAACUCAAGCACUAAUUCAGCUUGUAGCAGGUAAUUUCUUUCUAACCGUAACACUAUAAACAAAAAGGCUGACAGAUGUGGGGGAAAAAAAAUUUAAAAGUCUAGAAAAUAACAUGACAAAAGAGUACUUAAUGAAAAGUUCUUGUAAGAUAUUAAUAAGACCCCAUAUAGCAGAGGGCAGUUACAGGCAAUCCAUAAUAGAAACACAUAGUAAAUCUGAUGAAAGUUAAACUGCAUUAAUAGGUGUAAAUUAAAACACCUGAAAUACCACUUUAUGCCUACCAGGUUGGUAGAGAUUAAAAGGCAAAAACAAGCAAUGUUGGCAAGUGCAGGGUAAUAGGUACUCCCCUAAACUGAAAUCUAAUUUCCUAUCAUUUUUUGGAGAGCAAUUGGUAAUAAAUAUCUGUGAUAGUUUAAGUAGGAAAAAAAGCCUACAAUACAGUACGUAUACUAUGACUAAAAAAACAUGAGGGUACACAGAUACAAAUUCUGGAAGAUAUAGACCACAACAUUUACAUCGGUUAUCUGCGUGGUCAAAUUAUAAGUGACGAUGCUUUUUUCCUUUUGUGCUUUAUGUAUUUUCUAAUGUUUGUCUACAAUGAAUGUGAAUUACUUGGGUAAAUAAAAUUGGUUUGGCAAUCUAGUAAUAUCUACCAAAAUUUUAAAUGCACAUACCCUUUGACACAAUUCUACUUCUAG